AGUAGUUACUAGUAAUAGUAUGUUAUGGAUUUGAUAAAUCGCUUGUGUGCAGGGUAAGAACUUGAACCGCUGAAACCUCGCGUCACUUUCACUCACCACCCAGUCGCAGUCUUUCAUCGCAAACUCCAAUCCUACCUGAUAUAAAAAAGUUUUAGAGGUUUAUUAUAUCCAUGGAAGAAGUAGAAAAGAGGUAUAUAUCCACAGUUGUUGGCGAAACCGUAGACGAGUCUGUGGAAUAUGGUGGUCAGAUAGUUGAGCAUUUGAGUGGAGAAGCUGAGAUUGAGAAUGCCGCCGCAGUUAAGUUGGAUAGAGUGGUUUCGGAAAGGGAAGCGAGGUAUCAAUCAAUAGUUGGCACUGACUCUUGCGCUAUGGAUGCUGCUGCUGAGGCAGCAGGUCACCCGUCGACAUCACUAUUUGCUGACAUUUUGGAAACAAUUGAUUCAAUAUUGAACAUGCCGUUUGUGAAUGAUGGUAAAGUUGACCGCAAUUCCAGUAUUGUUGAUAUUGAGGAAACGUCGAAUUUUGGGAAUGAUAAAUUUGAUGCCAACUCUAAUAUUGUUGUUGAUAUUAUGGAAACGAUAGAUUCGAUAUUGAAUAUGCCAAUUGGGAAUGAUAAAGUUGAUGGCAAAACCAAUAUUGUACAUGAAGUUGUCUGUGGGACUGAAGUUGAAAAGUGCAAUGCAACGGAGCAAGUAAUAGCUGACAAGGAUGUGAGUGGUGUUUCUGCUUUGAAUGCCGAACAAUCUGAUGUAUAUGAGGGGAUGGAAAUAUAUGUUGAAGAUCAACAAGAAACAGAAAGAAGUCGAACAAUGAACCAAACUGUUGAGGUUAAUGGAUUGCUGGUAUCUAUUGAGGGCGAGGAAAAUUUUGAUGCUAAUGCAAUUGCAGAAGAAGGCACUCAAAUUACUGACCAAGGGAGCUACAUGCUGUUGCGUGAUGGAAAGGAAAAACUCAGCGAGGAGUCAAAUAUGAGGCAAAAGGUUGAAGAGCAAGAAUGCGUUGACAAGGACAAUUCAUUUUUUGUUGACGAGGAACAAGAUUUGUGUGAGGUUAUUGAGUAUGCAACUCCUGUGGUUAAUACAGACGAUCAAGCUGGGCCUAGAAAUUUAAAUAAUCAAAGCAGCACCCAUCAAAAGCGUAAAUCUAAUUUCAAGGAUACUAUGCAUUCAGUAAAGAAGGAAAAAAGGAUGUUAGACCCAUUGAAUGGGUCUCUGGAUUCUCCAGACGGUGAUUGUUGGACUCCAGAUCAUCUGGUUUCACCUGAACAUUCCAAGAAAAGGAGCGCCUUCGAUCACUUUGAUGAUGACUUCAAAAUGCAAACUGGGAACAAAACAAUUUCUGUUGCAGAAGUUUCAAAUACCACAAAUUCGUCGUAUAAAAUUGGUGACUGUAUUCAUAGGGCUGAUAGUCAACUCACUCCGAAGACAGAUGUAGACGUUCGUAUUUUUCCUGAGAAUGGAUUGGAUGUUUCUCCCACAACUGUUGAGUAUGAUGAGAACACAACAGAAUAUUCGUCUCAAGUUGAUAUGCUAUCUCCACUUCAGUGUGUGGCACAAAAACCCCUUGGAGAAUAUACUUUUCUGAAUGGCAUAGUCAGCUUCUUCUCUGAUUUCAAGAAUUCUGUAAUUGUGAGUGCUGAUUGGAAAGAGAUUUCACGUACGGAUGAACUUGACACCAUGACAAAGAAGAAACUACCCAUAGCUGGAACUGGAUUUAUGAGUGACUUGCAUUGGACAGACUGGGUCAUUGAGAAUGGCAAUGAAGAGAAACCAGUGCAACAACCAUUGCUGAAAAACCAGAAAAAGGACGAACAGCUUGUCGCUGCUAAGUCACCAAAGCCAGCCCAAGUUAAUCGUGGGCCCUCCUCUGAAAAAAAUUCUAAAAGCAAUCAUGCCGAGACUCCUAACAAACCUCAUGGUUAUAUAGACGAGAAGGCUCCUGCUGAGCUUGUUAUGAACUUCACCGAGUUCAAAUCUGUUCCCUCAGAAACAAACCUUAACAAAAUGUUUAGGCGUUUUGGACGACUAAAUGAAUCUGAAACAGAAGUUGACAGAGUAAGCAGCCGUGCAAGAGUGGUCUUUAAGAAGCGUGUAGAUGCAGAGGUAGCUCUCGGUAGUGCUAAGAAGUUCAAAAUAUUUGGCUCAGUACUCGUAAAUUACCAGCUUAAUUACACUCCAAGUGCGUUCAAAGUUUUUAGAAAAAGAUAAUUAUUAAAAAUCCAAUUAUCAUGGGAAGGCUGCUUUAAAAUGGCCUUUUUUGCAAAUUACUUUGGUAAGGCUUAGAUUUCAUAUUCUGUUCUGUAUUUGAUCAAAUGAGAAAAUUGGUUACAGUUCUCAACAAAAUGAGUAUUUACACUAACAUA